GGCUUAAGCGGGUGUGCUUCGAAGGGUGGCACGUGGCAUUUUCACCGCAUCACUGGCCCUGGGCUGUUGCGCAUGCUCAGAAAGGCGGUCAUGGGGACCCUCCCCCUCCAUUUCCCCAUCCUCACUCCCCUCACCAGUAGCCCCCCUGGGCGGUUCAGAGGCCUCCUGUUUGCCCGCGGCCCUGGGCUGCAUGCACGGGGCGCAAGCGCCCUCCAACACUCGGAAAGUCACGAGCGCCCCCAGCAGAGCACGGCGCAGCCUCCACCAGAGGAGGAGCACGCCGCAGCGAACCAUAGCGGUUAGUGGGCCCCGGAGCGCCAGAGGGACGGAGGUUGCGGUGUUGGGGCACCUUGACCGGUGUGGAGGAAAGUGCAUGUGGAGGCAAGGACCCGGGAGUGACCGCCACCUGCACUCCUAACCACUGUAACUAGAUCAUAGAAGUAUCCUCAGGACUGACUUGGAGGACCUACCAGACAAGGUACCAACAUGCCUCACUUCCCUGUAGAAAACCUUUCUCUCUUGGACAGCCUCGUGUUAGGGGCCAUCCAGAUCAUGAUGGGCUCCUUCCACAUAUUAAUGUGGUAUUUCCUGUUUAACCUUUAUAACAAACAAGAAAACAAAUAUUUUGGCUUAUAUAGUCCUAUAACUUUUAAAGUACAUUAUCCAUCAUGGGCAUUCUGUUUCUUCAUGUCUGGAAUCCUCUCAAUAAAUGAAGCAAAGAACACCUCUGUGCAGUCGAUCUUGGAGAACAACUAAUCCAGGACUUCUUAACCUUCCUUGGACCUUGCUAACAAUCUAGAGAAUCUAGUGGCUCUAGGGAGCCAAAGGUUACCUUGCCUGGAGCUACCGUCCACCAUUAGGGGAAAAAACGUUAAAUAAAAAAAUAAAUAA